AUGGCAGCACGUGGAUCAGCACGUAAUACUCGUUUGAAUAAAAAACCCAAAAAGACCAAAUUACGUGGUAACGUGUCCCAUGGUCAUGGUCGUAUCGGUAAACAUCGUAAGCAUCCAGGUGGUCGUGGUAAUGCUGGUGGUCUCCAUCACCAUCGUACACUCUUCGACAAAUAUCACCCGGGUUAUUUUGGUAAAGUUGGUCAACGUGAAUUUCACAAACUCAAAAACCGUCGCUGGUGCCCAACCGUCAAUCUUGACCGUCUCUGGUCAUUGUUAAGUCAACGUACACAAGCAAAAUACUCGGAAGGCGAAGCUGCCGUAACGCCUGUUAUCAAUGUUGUCCGAUCGGGCUAUUUCAAGGUGUUAGGCAAAGGUGUUCUACCUAAACAACCACUUAUCGUAAAGGCCAAAUUCUUCUCAAGAACAGCCGAAGAAAAAAUCAAAGCUGCCGGCGGUGCUUGUGUAUUAGUUGCAUGA